AUGGCAUACCCGUAUAUCGACACCCCGCGCACCGAAGUGGACGCAAACGCGACUUACCUGACCAACGGCUAUCGCAGCGUGGGACGACACAAUUUAUCGGCGUUGGAUUCGGUAGAAAAUUCGUUUCAGACGCCAUCGAAGGAUGAUGAUGUGCUCAAAGUCAUGGGUGAUGGACGAAGACGCAGCACUGGAGGCUCGAAGCUCAACACACCGCGUGCGACGACCGCAACCAAGCCCACCAGAAGCGCGUUGAACAGCCGACAACAACUUCCAUCAACGGCGGUCCCAAAGGGCGAGUUCACUCCGAUGUUGCGAAGCGCCGUUAAGAAUAAUUACAUGAAAAAUAUUGCUACGACUCGAGGAGUAGGUGGACCGAAAACUCCGGCUUACCUGCGAGCAAGCUAUCGCAGCAAUGUGAACACACCGGGCCUACCGGCUAUGGAUAUGACGGGAAUCGAUGAGGAGGACGCGACUGUUGAUGACUCUACACCACUCCCACAAGUCGCCAGCAGUAGCGUCCAGAGCACACCGCUCGCUGGACUUGCUAGUAGGAACGGAGGCGGAGUGCUAAAUGACGGAAGCAAUAUGACGCUGAAGGAGCAAGAAAAGAUCAUCGAUAAACUCGACAAGGACAACUUCGGCUUGAAAUUAAAGAUUCAUUUCCUGCAGGAACAACUAGAGAAAGCUGGCCCGGCUUACAACCAAGCCGCACUGGUGGAAAACACAGAACUCAAGGUCUCGAAACUCACGAUGCAACGCGAUAUUUCACGAUACAAGAAGAGUCUUCAACAAGCCGAACGCGACCUAGAAGCCUAUCGUCAACAAUUUCAAGAACUCAGGGAGAAAAUGCGCAGAAGACAGACUGAUGAGACGAUACAGAGAGAUAUGGACUUGAUGAGAGAGGAAAUCGAAAGCCGGGAUCAACGGGUGAGGGAUCUUCAGGAACAGCUAAGAGACGUGAAGGACUCCCAAUCUCAGGAGUUCGAUAAGCUUCGAGAUGAUAUUGAAGACCUGGAGGCUUCUCUGAGGGAGAAGGAUCGCCUCAUCGAAGAGCGAGAAGAGGAAAUCGAAGAAUUGAAGGAUAAGGGCAGCCAAGAAAAUGACGCACUCUCUGAGCUAGAAUCAGAGCUCCGACGUGCGAGGGAGCAGCUA